AUCUUGCCAGACCCCGAACAUGACUACGUCAUCGAAGCUGACGCUAGCGUCAAGGCAGUGGGAGCAGUCUUGAUGCAAGACCAGGGGAAUAGACUGCAACCCAUCGUCUACCUCAGCAAGAAACUACACGGGGCAGAACUAAACUACCGGAUACACGACAAGGAGGCCCUUCCUAUUAUCAUCGCCUUCAAAACGUGGAGAUGUUAUCUCAAAGGACGGAAAACAACCGUCUACACCGACCACUGCAGCCCUAAAUAUUUGAAGACACAACCAACCAUCUCGAGGCGGCAGGUCCGGUGGAUUGACUUCCUCGAGACACACUUCCACUAUGACAUCGUGAACAAGCCUGGCCACAAAAACAAAGCAGACGCUCUCACUCGGCCUACUCACGUUGCCGCAAUCCAGCUGUUCAUCGCCAACGUCAUCAGACUGCACGGACUGCCCAUCGCCAUUAUUUCAGACCGAGACCCGAAAUUCACAUCGAAUUUUGGCGCCACAUGUGGGACCAAUUCGGCACCAAACUACAGUUUUCCUCUGCCUACCACCCACAGACCGACGGGCAGACUGAACGAGUCAACCAAACUAUGGAGCAAAUCAUUUGGACUACCUAUACUGACCCAUAGACAUGGGAGAAAUGCCUUCUGCUACUGGAAUUCACAUAUAAUAACAUGCCUUCCGCCACAACCCAUCAGUCUCCAUAUUUCCUAAAUUUCGGACAGGACCCCGUGGUACCCUC